AUGUCAGGUAAAUCAGAUAUCAAACCAGAUUUGUCAGGUAAAUCAGGUAAAUCAGAUAUCAAACCAGAUUUCUCAGGUAAAUCAGAUAUCAAACCAGAAAUGUCAUGUAAUACAGAUAUCAAACAAGAAAUGUCAGAGAUAUCUAACCAGAAAUGUCAGGUAAAUCAGAUAUCUAACCAGAAAUGUCAGGAAAUCCAGAUAUCUAACCAGAAAUGUCAGGUUAUCCAGACAUGUAACCAGAAAUGUCAGGUAAAUCAGAUAUCUAACCAGAAAUGUCAGGAAAUCCAGAUAUCUAACCAGAAAUGUCAGGUAAUCCAGACAUGUAACCAGAAAUGUCAGGAAAAUCAGAUAUCUAACCAGAUAUGUCAGGUGAAUCAGACAUCUGACAAGAAAUGUCAGAUAUCUGACCAGAAAUGUCAGGUUAUACAGCUAUCUAACCAGAAAUGUAAGGUAUUCCAGAUAUCUAACCAGAAAUGUCAGAAGCUGACCUAUGGCCCUGAUUGUAUCUAUCACUGUGACCAGUGUGUCCAUAGUGAAACCUGUGACCCAAUUUCUGGUCAGUGUCAAUGUUUACCAGGAUACCAGGGGUUUUCUGUCAACAACCAUGUCCUAAAGAAUGGUGGAGAAUGUGAUAAUGUCAAUGGAACCUGUCUGUGUCCCACGGGAUUCAUGGGAUCUGAUUGCUCUCAGAGAAGAUGCCCAAAGGGAAAAUAUGGGCCAGACUGUUCCCUGAACUGUACGUGUGGUCCCUUGUCUGAGGGAUGUGAUGUCACCACAGGAAAAUGUAUCUGUCAGCCCGGGUUUACUGGAGAUAAGUGUGAGAAGUCGUGUCCGAGCCUGGCGUAUGGAGCCGGCUGUGAGAGAUCCUGUCUGGACAUGUGUAAUGUCACAGGAAUGCUUACCUGUAGUCCUGUAGAUGGCGCUUGUCAGUGUCGCCCCGGAUACACGGGACAAAAGUGUGACCAGCAUUGUGCAAGUGGGAUGUGGGGUGUUUCCUGUGCUCAGAGGUGUUUAUGUGGUUCCCAUGGUAACUGUGACAGAGAGACAGUGUGUGAAAUGCUGGCUCCAUUAGGAGCUGUGUAUAACUGUAGCUGGUACCUAAAUCUUACAGGUGUAUGA